UCCCCAUUCUUUUCCCCUCUUUCCGCUCCCAGCAGGACACGACCAAGCCCACCAUGGCAGCCCGCCGCUAUUCUGGCUUGGCCAGGCGGGUGCUCACCAUCACCUUCGCCCUGCUCAUCCUGGGCCUCAUAACCUGGGCCUACGCUGCUGGCGUGCCCUUGGCAUCCGAUCGCUAUGGCCUGCUGGCCUUCGGCCUCUACGGGGCCUUCCUCUCUGCGCACCUGGUGGCGCAGAGCGUCUUUGCCUACCUGGAGCACCGGCGGGUGGCGGCAGCGGCGCGGCGGGCGGCCGCGCGGGGACCCUUAGACGCGGCCCAGGCGCGCAGCGUGGCGCUGACCAUCUCGGCGUACCAGGAGGAUCCCGCGUACCUGCGCCAGUGCCUGGUGUCCGCGCGCGCCCUGCAGUACCCGCGCGCGCGGCUGCGCGUCCUCAUGGUGGUGGACGGCAAUCAUGCCGAGGACCUCUACAUGGUCAACAUGUUCCGCGAGGUCUUCGCCGACGAGGAUCCCGCCACCUAUGUGUGGGACGGCAACUACCACCAACCCUGGGAGCCGGCGGCAGCGGGUGCGCCGGGAGCCUACCGCGAGGUGGAAGCCGAGGACCCUGGGCGACUGGCGGUGGAGGCGCUGGUGAGGACGCGCAGGUGCGUGUGCGUGGCCCAGCGCUGGGGCGGCAAGCGCGAGGUCAUGUACACGGCCUUCAAAGCUCUGGGAGACUCGGUGGACUACGUGCAGGUCUGUGACUCGGACACAAGGCUGGACCCUAUGGCACUGCUGGAACUGGUGCGAGUGCUGGAUGAGGACCCCCGUGUAGGGGCUGUUGGAGGGGAUGUGCGGAUUCUUAACCCUCUGGACUCCUGGGUCAGCUUCCUAAGCAGCCUGCGGUACUGGGUGGCCUUCAAUGUGGAGCGGGCUUGUCAGAGCUACUUCCACUGUGUGUCCUGCAUCAGUGGCCCUCUAGGCCUGUACAGGAACAACCUCCUGCAGCAGUUCCUCGAGGCCUGGUAUAACCAGAAGUUCCUGGGCACCCACUGCACCUUUGGAGAUGAUCGGCACCUCACCAACAGAAUGCUCAGCAUGGGCUACGCCACCAAGUACACCUCCCGCUCCCGCUGCUACUCAGAGACACCCUCGUCCUUCCUGCGCUGGCUCAGUCAGCAGACGCGCUGGUCCAAGUCCUACUUCCGCGAGUGGCUGUACAACGCACUGUGGUGGCACCGGCAUCAUGCGUGGAUGACCUACGAGGCGGUGGUCUCAGGCCUCUUCCCCUUCUUCGUGGCAGCCACGGUGCUGCGGCUUUUCUACGCCGGCCGCCCGUGGGCUCUGCUGUGGGUGCUGCUGUGCGUGCAGGGCGUGGCACUGGCCAAGGCGGCCUUCGCGGCCUGGCUGCGGGGCUGCCUGCGCAUGGUGCUGCUCUCGCUCUAUGCGCCCCUCUACAUGUGCGGCCUCCUGCCGGCCAAGUUCCUGGCGCUGGCCACCAUGAACCAGAGUGGCUGGGGCACCUCAGGCCGCCGCAAGCUGGCCGCCAACUACGUCCCUGUGCUGCCACUGGCCCUGUGGGCUUUGCUGCUGCUUGGGGGCCUGGUGCGCAGUGUGGUCCAAGAGGCCACGGCUGACUGGAGUGGCCCAUCCCGGGCUGCGGAGGCCUACCAUCUGGCCGCCGGGGCCAGCGCCUACGUGGGGUACUGGGUGGUCAUGUUGACACUGUACUGGGUGGGCGUGCGGAGGCUUUGCCGGCGGCGGGCAGGGGGCUACCGUGUCCAGGUGUAAAUCCGAGCAAGGGUCUUAAGGGGAGGCAGGAGGAGACCUGCGGGGCUGAGGGGGACAUGGACUUGCUGGGCUUUAGUUUCCCACCUCUGUGAAAUGA